GCUGCUAAAGAAGCGGAACCGGGAGGAGAGCAGUCCGCGGACCCGAGGAAAACUUCACACCGAUCAGCUGGAGGAUUUUAGGGGUUUUUGUCAGCGUGCGGCGGCAACCUUCUACAUCAUCCGUCACUUUUUUUGGGGUGUAACGAUACCGACGGAAAUAGAAAAAAAAAUUACAUAUAAAAAAUUGAGUUGUGUGCGCGGUAAAUCGUAAACUAGCUGUUAGCGUUAGCGUUCUCGUUAGCUUAGCCGAGCAGGACCACACCGGGGGACGGAAUGGAGCUGAUAACAAUCCUCGAAAAAACCGUCUCUCCAGAUCGGAAUGAACUGGAGGCAGCGCAGAAGUUUUUGGAGCAAGCCGCCAUUGAGAAUUUGCCCACGUUCCUGGUGGAGCUGUCAAAGGUGUUGGCAAACCCAGGAAACACGCAGGUGGCCCGAGUCGCUGCCGGCCUUCAGGUGAAGAACUCUCUCACGUCUAAGGACCCGGACGUGAAAGCGCAGUAUCAGCAGAGAUGGCUGGCCAUCGACGCCAACGCUCGCCGCGAGAUCAAGAAUUUCGUCCUGCAAACUUUGGGUACAGAGACAUACAGGCCGAGUUCCGCCUCACAGUGCGUGGCCGGUAUCGCGUGUGCAGAGAUCCCGGUCAGUCAGUGGCCGGAGCUGAUUCCGCAGUUGGUGGCCAAUGUCACUGACCCCAACAGCACAGAACACAUGAAGGAGUCCACCCUGGAGGCCAUUGGAUACAUCUGUCAGGACAUUGAACCAGAGCAGCUCCAGGAAAGCGCUAAUCAGAUUCUGACAGCCAUCAUCCAGGGCAUGAGGAAAGAGGAGCCGAGCAACAACGUCAAAUUAGCAGCCACCAAUGCUCUGCUCAACUCCCUGGAGUUCACUAAAGCCAACUUUGACAAGGAGACGGAAAGACACUUCAUCAUGCAGGUCGUUUGUGAAGCCACACAGUGUCCGGACACAAGGGUGAGGGUGGCUGCAUUACAGAACCUAGUGAAGAUCAUGUCCUUGUAUUAUCAAUACAUGGAGACGUACAUGGGGCCUGCACUGUUUGCAAUCACAAUUGAAGCCAUGAAGAGUGACAUUGAUGAAGUUGCUCUGCAGGGAAUUGAGUUCUGGUCAAACGUGUGUGAUGAGGAGAUGGACUUGGCCAUUGAGGCCACAGAGGCAGCGGAGCAGGGCCGACCACCGGAGCACACCAGCAAGUUUUAUGCUAAAGGAGCUCUGCAGUACCUGGUGCCCAUUCUCACACAGACCCUCACUAAGCAGGAUGAGAACGACGACGAUGAUGACUGGAACCCGUGUAAAGCAGCAGGCGUGUGUCUCAUGCUGCUGGCCACGUGCUGUGAGGAUGAUGUUGUGCCUCACGUCCUCCCCUUCAUCAAGGAGCACAUCAAACACCCGGACUGGCGUUACAGGGACGCUUCCGUCAUGGCUUUCGGCUCGAUCUUAGAGGGACCUGAACUUAACCAGCUCAAACCGCUAGUCAUCCAGGCCAUGCCCACCCUGAUUGAGCUGAUGAAGGACCCCAGUGUGGUGGUGAGGGACACUACGGCAUGGACGGUGGGAAGAAUCUGUGAUCUGCUGCCCGAAGCUGCCAUUAAUGAGCUGUACCUGAAUCCUCUGCUGCAGUGCCUCAUCGAGGGCUUAGGGGCUGAGCCACGUGUUGCCUCAAACGUCUGCUGGGCGUUCUCCAGUUUGGCUGAAGCUGCGUAUGAAGCUACUGAUGCUGCCGAAGAUCAGGAGGAACCCAGCACCUACUGCCUCUCCUCCUCAUUUGAACUCAUUGUACAGAAACUUCUGGAAACUACAGACAGGCCGGACGGACACCAGAACAACCUGCGCAGUGCGGCUUAUGAGGCUCUGAUGGAGAUAGUGAAGAACAGCGCUAAGGACUGUUACCCUGCAGUGCAGAAAACCACACUGGUCAUCAUGGAGCGCCUGCAGCAGGUUCUGCAGAUGGAGUCUCACAUCCAGAGCACGUCAGACCGAAUCCAGUUUAAUGAUCUCCAGUCUCUGCUCUGUGCCACACUGCAGAAUGUUCUGCGGAAGGUGCAGCACCAGGAUGCUCUGCAGAUCUCUGACGUGGUCAUGGCGUCUCUCCUGCGCAUGUUUCAGAGCACGGCCGGCUCUGGAGGGGUUCAGGAAGAUGCCCUCAUGGCUGUUAGCACUCUUGUAGAAGUUUUGGGCAGUGACUUUCUCAAAUACAUGGAUGCCUUCAAACCAUUCCUGGUUAUUGGACUGAAGAACUAUCAGGAGUAUCAGGUGUGUCUGGCUGCUGUGGGUCUUGUGUGUGAUCUGUGUCGAGCUCUGAUGGCCAACAUUCUGCCUUACUGUGAUGAAAUCAUGCAACUGCUGCUGGAGAACCUGGGUAAUGAGAAUGUGCACCGGUCCGUGAAGCCGCAGAUCCUCUCUGUGUUUGGGGACAUCGCUCUGGCCAUCGGAGGGGAGUUUAAGAAAUAUCUGGAAGUGGUGUUGGACACACUGCAGCAAGCUUCUCAAGCACAAGUGGACAAGACUGACUACGACAUGGUGGAUUAUUUGAAUGAGCUGCGUGAAGGCUGUCUGGAGGCAUACACAGGAAUCAUUCAGGGCCUGAAAGGAGACCAGGAGAACGUUCACCCGGAUGUGAUGCUGGUGCAGCCACGUGUGGAGUUCAUCCUGUCCUUCAUCCACCACAUUGCUGAAGAUGAGGAUCACUCUGACGGAGUGGUAGCCAACGCAGUCGGUCUCAUCGGUGACCUGUGCACAACAUUUGGAAAGGAUGUGAUGAAGCUGGUGGAGGUUCGUCCUCAGAUUAACGACUUGCUCACAGAGGGACGACGAUCCAAAACCACCAAAACAAAAACUCUCGCCACGUGGGCCACCAAGGAGCUCCGCAAGCUCAAGAGUCAGGCCUGAUCCAUCAUCGCCGAGGGGAACAUUAACACACCGUGAGAGAAGCGGCCGAGUGGAGUUGUGUGUUUAUGGCACGCGCGAAUGGGAGCAGAAGUGUGUGUGUGCGCUGAGCUGAGUGUCUGAGAGUGAGUGAGCGAGCGAGUGAACGAGUGAGCGUGACGAAUGAGAUCACACCACCUUCUGAGUGAAGAUUCCAGCAGUCGAAAAAGGAAGAAGGCUGAUCAAUAAAUAAAAACGGCAGCCCCCGCCCCCUUUCCCCUUCUCCCCUAUAUAUCCCUCCACCCUGAACCCUGACACUCCUCCCCCUCUCAACUCCCUGAGCUUCUUUUCUCCUUCACCUGUGGACUCGAUACGGACAAACACGAACUGGAUUAGCUUUCUAGCUCCUCUGUAGUAGGCUCUUACUAUAAACCGUGAAUAAUCAACUGAGGUAGGAGGGAGGGGGUGGAGCUACCCCAAAAAUGGACUACUUCACUCAUUCAGUGGAUCUGUGAAGCCCCUCCCACCUAUUUUUUUUUGUUUUGUUUUGUUUUUUGUUUUACUUUCUCCUUCACGUAUAAGCACUAUGAGUUUCUAACUUGAUGAGGAUCUGGGGAGUGGAUCGAACGUCAUCAAACAAACAUGACUGCUGGAGUCCAAGAUGGCCGACUGAGUGUGUGAGCGUGAGUGAGAGGGGGGGUUUUGCUGUCUCUACCCUGCCCCCUUCUCACCCCUGGCCCUGCCCCUUUAUGUUCUUUCAGCUAAUGAGAAAUAAACAUAGCUCUUAACGCUGUAUUUCUGCGUAUAAUUACAAGAGGGAGACGAUUGGCUUUCUUUUUUUUUUCCUUUUUUUUUUAAAUAGCAGUUUAAAAGAACCCGUCUGCUCUUCCCUGUAAUCACUGUUCACUUUGUUUUAACUUUUCAUUACAUUUGUGGUUUUUUUUUUUUUUUUUUUUUUUUUUUUUGUCGUCUUCUCUCCUCUUUCUUUUUCCCUCCUCGAUUCCCCCACUCCACCCUGUCAUCAUGGUGGGCUCUGAGUUCCACGCUUUUCUCUUGGGUCUGCUUGGCUGAGAGGGAAUCAAGGUUUCUGGCUUGUUUUGAGCACUUGUGGGAUGUACACGAAGGGAUCGACGACUCGAAGUGAAAGCACCUAAUUUACACUUUUAAAGUCUCUUGACAUGGAGGAAAAUAUAACUGCAGGAAAAAGAAAAAGUGCCAAAAAUAAAGUGAAGAGAAUCAUUUGAAAUAACAAGGCUUCAAAUUAUCUUGUGGUUUUAGGCGUCGCCACGUAGAAGGAUAGAAGUGUUCACCUGCGACGUCCAGUCAAAUUGAGCUCUAGGACUCGGUGCUCGGUUUUUGGCCCCAGUUUAGCUUUUCUGAUGCACUUAGUUUGGUAAAGGGAGACUUCCGAGCUUGUUUAAAAAUAUGGAUGAAUAAAUAAAUGAGAGAGAAAUCAGAUGUUUGUAUAAGGUUAUAUUUUUCCAUUGCUCUGAAAGAACCCACAAUAAAAUGAUAUCAAACAUUCCCCUUAUCGCUUGUCGUACUUCACCUUCAUUUCUUUGUGCUCUCUACACCGAUAUGACGAGUUUAAACCACCAGAUCUGUAAAUCGUGCCUUUAAUCAUGUUUUGCAGAUCAUUAAGAUAGUCUCCGCCUUUAGGCCACACCCCCUCUAUGUCCUUCAGUCCAUGUUUAUAGGUCUCAGUGAGCGAUGCUGAACAACAAAUAAACCUUCUGACUAGAAGAUUCACUGACCUGUUAACAUCAGUCAGUUCACUAAUCAACUAAAUUUGGAUUAAAGUGGGGAAAAACAUUCUGGACAAUUUCUAACUUUUAUCCUUUACAGCAUCUGCCAUCACUGAGGAUCCCCCCCCCCC